AUGGGCAAAUCACCAACACCUCGUUGUAUAAUAGUGCGUCACGGACAAACCGAAUGGUCAAAAUCUGGCCAAUACACUGGAUUGACGGAUCUGCCGUUAACCGAGUUUGGAGUUGGCCAGAUGAAAAGAACCGGUGAGUCGAUCUUCCGGAACAAGUUUAUAGAUCCUAGCCACAUAACUUACAUUUUCACGUCGCCUAGAACUAGAGCUAGGCAAACUGUGGACCUUAUCUUGGCCAACCUGUCGCAGGAGCAGAGAGCCCAGAUCCGGGUGGUGGUCGACGAAGACCUUAGGGAAUGGGAAUACGGCGACUACGAGGGUCUUUUGACUCACGAGAUCGUCGAUUUGCGCAAGUCCCACGGUCUCGAUCAAGACAGGCCGUGGAAUAUCUGGAGAGACGGCUGUGAAAAUGGGGAAACCACUGAACAGUUCGGCCUCAGGCUCUCCAGAGCCAUUGCCAGGAUCCAAAGCUUGCACAGAAAGCAUCAAAACGAGGGUGUUGCUUCUGAUAUCAUGGUGUUCGCCCACGGCCAUGCGCUGCGUUAUUUUGCCGGCCUUUGGUUGCGGAUGGGUGAAGAGAAGCCUUGCGACGGUCAGCAACCACAGCCGCCUACUUAUCAGGACGAAACCGUUCCCUACGUGCCUUUGAAAACCUAUAGACAUUUGGUCGACAACCCGAGCUUUCUGUUGGACGCCGGAGGCAUUGGCGUGUUGUCGUACGCACACCACAACAUUGAGGAGCCAGCCUUGGCGCUUGCUGGGGCCUUCGUGUGUCCUCCAGAAGAGGAGUCUCAACACGGCGAAAUUGCUGAAUGA